AUGGCUCCGGAUUCAGCGGCGACGUCGGCGAGUCUGUGUGGCCGCCCUCGUCACCAUAUCCGUGCGCCGGCGCGGCCAGAGCACCACAAGCACCAACAUCAUCACCACAACCCGAGGCGGCGCAAAAUUCCGGGCAAAUUUAGCAACGUUGAAUAUGCCGCAGAUGGCCUUACGAUCCAGGCGGUAGGGGAUCCAUCCCGCGAGAGCGGUCGUGUGACCAGGCAUACGCAGCAGCAGAACCGCAUCACCGUCCGGAGGCUUGUGCACUUUUCCGGCCUAGGGGAUCGUUUGCGGGACAUGGCCACCCGCCGCGGUCUGGCGAGUCCCUGCUUCUCCCACACCACGAUAGAGUCGAAGCAUUUGCGCUUCAACACGCGAUCAGCAGUCAGCGUAGCGAUCGAGUCCUUCAUCUUGUCAUUUUGCACAAUUGUGUCAUGCAUGCUGCUACUGAAUCAUAUCAUCUUGGGAGGCCUGCGCGCUUCGAGCCAGCAGUUGUCUUUGGCUUCAUGA